AUGGAGAACGCAAAAAUUUCCGGUUCCAUUCCGUUAUCCAUCCGGAAACUGGUUGUUCGUGAUGUCAAUAACGGCCAAACGCACCGGGAAGUGGCCAAGCACUACGAAAUCAGCAAGACAGCGGUAUCAAAAAUCAUGAAGAAGAUGAAAACGUUCGGAUCGGUGGUGGAUCGCCCGGGAAGAGAACGGAAGCCCAAGACAGAUGCCAGAACGGACAUGAAAAUCAUUCGUGAGGUGGAGAAAAACCCAAAAAUUACGAUCCGGCAGAUACAGGAAGAGCUCCAACUUUCGGUAUCGCGUCGUACUGUCCGUCGCCGCAUCCAAGCGAAGGAGUACCAUAGCAAGAUCGCAGUGAGAAGGCCUUUCAUCAGCCAGGUGAAUAAGGCUAAGCGGCUCAACACGCCGAUAAACCGCUCGAAUACUGGAAAACAGUGUUGUGGACCGACGAAUCCAAAUUCGAACUGUUCAACCGGAAGAAGCGGGAUCGCGUGUGGCGCAAGUCGGGUGAGGAGCCACAAGACCACCAUAUCCCUCAUCAAGACGGGCCUCGAAGCGCGCUUCGUUUUCCAGCAGGAUAACGAUCCGAAGCAUACGGCCAAGCUGACGAAGUCAUUUUUCCGUUCCUGCCACAUCAAAGCCCUUGAAUGGCUCCCACAAAGUCCUGAUCUGAACCCCAUCGAAAAUGUGUGGGCCAUCCUCGAUGCUCGGAUUUAUAAGACUGGUGUGACAAAUAAAAAUACUUAUGUUGAUGCCCUGGAGCGCGCGUGGGAAGAACUCGACCAACAACACUCGCACAACCUUGUUGAAAGUAUGCCGAAGCGCUUGCAGGAGGUGUUGAAGGCUAAAGGAGGCCAUACCCAUUAUUAA